CUCUGCUUCCAAGGUUAAUUCGCAUGAACCGCCAGAUGAUUACCUAGUUGUCUCCUACACAUCGGUACCCGCAGAGGCGUUGGCGGAGUUUUUGGAAACCGGCGUGGUAGGUUAUCGGGGUUCGUCAAUCUGAGUCUAUGCCCACUGAUCUCAUCUACCAGCCUCCCAAAGGAUAUGUCUUUGUUGGGUUUUCCGAGUUCGCAGAAGGAUAUGCUCUCAUUCAUGAGGAUGACCUCGAACUGAUCGACCGCCCCGUCGAAAUCGGUGAGACCGUCAAACGACAUCCAGACGAUACAAUGGCCGGCAUGGUUAUCAACGCAUCGGCGACGUGCACACUUGAGCCGAUUGCAUCCCGCACCUACGAUCCAUCGAUCGGAUAUUUUGACUCCCUCGAGUUCACAGAGAGCUCCAGAGGGUAUGGGAACGAAGCCCCACGUCCGCCUUUGCUGCACGAUGUCCCCAUAUCUGAGCUUGUGAACCACGAAGAAUUUUCCGAGGGAGACUAUAUUAUUCAUCGCCAGAAGUUUGGCAUCAUUCGGCACGUUGAGCGUGAUGCCAUUCUGCGCGUUUCGAACAUGCCGGUGUGGAUAUUAAACCCGGAUGUCCUGGAAGUGCCCGUCACGUUCGACGACAAGGGUCUCAUUUGGAUGCCUAAAGACCAGCCUUCCAGGGAAAUUAAUGCAAUUAAUGCGGACAUGCGAUUCCUCGAGUAUGACUACGUGUAUCCUGGUCAGUGUGUCGUCACCCCGCGCACAAACAUGCGCAAAAUGAAUGGGGACUCACUCAUCGGGAUGGAUGUCGACCCCCACGGCUAUGUUUUGGCUACGCCGGCUACGGAGUAUCAGGUCGAAUGGCUCUGCAUGAAUGUCUUCAGUUUAGGAAUGCCAUAUACCGGUGACAGGAUGGAGCUGCUCCGAGCAUCCGCGCUCAAUGGCAAUGCCAUGAAAUGUGACUUUGGGAAGGUCCCAACCGGGGGUGCAGUCAAAUCAGAUGUUUGGCUUAAGGUCGGUGACAGGGCACGUUUCCGGGACCCGGCAGGUGCCGCUCAGAAAUUCCCUUCGUUCCAGCCUAUUCCCCUUGAUGAGUCUUUUGGCUAUGAUUUGAACAUGUUUCGAAUCAUUUCUACAAAGACCGAGGUCACUGUUCAAUGGCAGGACGGAAGUAUCACCACUGGAAAUUCACGAUCCCUGCGUAGGUUCUACGGAUUUGAUGAUGAGAUUGGGCCGGGAAAUAUCGUUGCCCUGAAGGAUGGACUUGAAGAAAUCCAGCGGCCUCCCCUCGAUAACAUGCCGUCCUUCUCUAAGCGGUUGCCAGGGCAUAAGAGGGAAACAAUGCGCGCGCGAACAGUCGGCGUCGUCCAGACCGUCGACAGUCGAGAACGGGUAGCCACGGUUCGCUGGUAUAAAGAUCCAGAUGUUGAGCUUCUGCAUGGCGGGCAGAUUCUAAGGCCUUGCUCUUCCCUGGGCGAGCUUGGUGAUACAAUCAGCCAAGUUUCACGCUAUGAGCUCGAUAUGUUUGCCGGCCUGGGCAGAUUACCUGGCGAUAUUGUGCUUCUUGCCCCCGACACGAUUCAUGAAUCGAGUCUGCAGGUACAUGACAUGGAGGGAUCUGGGAUGUCUGGACCUUGCAAUUUUAGUUACACGUCUUCGCUGUCGUUCUUUCAAAUGUAUACAUACCUCGAAGCCAUGAGAAUGGAGAUGCUAGACUCGGAAUGGUUUAAGAAAACGACCCGAAUCGACACUACACCACUUCCUUCGCGGUACAGCUUGCACCAGUGGGCGCUGAAUGCGAGCUUUCACACAGACUUCAUCGGUCAGAUUGUUUCGAUCGAUACCACUGGAGCUAUUACUGUCCGGAUGGCCGGGUCAACCAACUGUCGCGAUGUCCGCGUUCCAUUUGAAAGGAUCAUGAUGGUCAUCGAUGAGGGUGAAGCCAAUCCCGCUACGUUUCCAUCGCCUGCUGAGUUGUCACAACUGGAAGCAGCUAGCCUUUUUGACCUACCAGAAGAUAUGCAACUAACUACCACAUACGAAUAUGAAGGCGGGGAGCGUCUUGAUGAUGGUGGCGAAGAUCAGUGGAUGACUGAUGACACUGACGACACUGAUGACUCAAACGUUCAGAGUGCUGAUCUCCCAGGCCAGGAUCAUAUUGCCCCCGACGUGGCGGAGAUCAGGCUUCCCGAAAAUACAAAUGAUGAAAUGGGGGGCGAUGACAUCGAUCAAGAAAUGAAAGAUGUAACCGAUGAUACAGACCCGAUGGCCCACGCUGCAGAUAAGCAGCCAACCCUCUCGACUUCACCUCCAGGGUUUGUCGUAUUGGAAGGACUCCCACCCCGGGAUCAUCACUUCAUCUCAGAAGAAGCUACAGACAACUCAGGUCUACGAAUCAAGCGUAUUCGGAAUGAGUUUGGAAUUCUCAGCAAGUCACUUCCUCCUGGGAUCUUUGUGCGAACAUGGGAGUCCAGAAUGGACCUUCUUAGGGUUCUGAUCAUAGGCCCGGAAGGGACGCCGUAUGAGUAUGUGCCCAUUGUGAUCGACAUGCAUUUCUCGAACGAUUUUCCCAACCAACCGCCCGCUGCCUUCUUUCACUCAUGGACCAACGGCCAGGGCAGGAUCAACCCGAACCUGUACGAAGACGGCAAAAUCUGCCUUAGCAUUCUCGGGACAUGGCCCACUCGAAACCCGGAGGAAAACUGGUCCCCGACCAAGUCUACUGUCCUGCAGAUCUUGGUUUCUAUUAUGGGGCUGGUUCUAGUGAAAGAUCCUUUCUACAAUGAGGCCGGGUACGAAGCCCUUGCCGCCGAAGGUGACCGACGGGUCGAGUCCACGCAGUACACCGAGAAGACGUUCCUGAUGACGCGGAAGUUUAUCAAGCACGUCUUGGAACAUCCGGUAGCCGGCAUGGAAGAUGUUGUGGCCUGGAACUAUCUGCCAAAUCCUGCGGACCCGGGUAAUGGCAACCGACCCAUAGUACUACGCCGGGCCAUUGAGGCAGCGCUGGCAAUGAUCGAGCACUACAACAGCUCCACGAGUGGGGAUGCUGGUAGCGCCUCGGCCUUUGUGUCGCGACUCAGUCUUGGGGCGGUGGUCAUGCUACGCAAGCACGUCACGGACCUUGAGAAGAUUGAAGCCACUGCGAUUGGUUCAGGACAGCCCUGAGUCAUGGUCUCCAAGUAAUUGGGCUGUCAGAAGAGUCAAAAUGGCAAAAAGAUACUU